AUGAAUACAAAAUUAGAGAGUUCAAAUAAAGAAUACGUUUUGGAAAAUGGUUUAAAAAAGUCUUCAUAUUCUGGAUGGGCGCGUUGGAGUGAAUGCUUCGGUGGUCACAAAACGAGGCGACGGCACUGCUUACAUCGGCACAUUUGCGGAGAUUCGCUCCGAAUACAAGUCGCAAGUUGCGGUAUCUUACGUCGGACGCACAAGCCGAGCAAUAUGCAAGGAAACGACAAACAACAUAUACUAAUGCCCAAAUUACGGCAGCUGGAUGCAAAAGACGUUCAGAGAAAGUUUCUAGGAUUCUCUCCCUGGAGCACUUGGACUCGAUGUUCCAGAAAAUGUACUACGAUUAGGCGAAGGCAUUGUUUGAAGCCAGCUGUAUGCGGACGAAAAGUAAUUAGACAGUCUGCGUAUUGCUACUUGGAGGAUAGCUUUUGCUAUCAAUGGAUUCGUGGCAGAAUGCAGCGACGAAAGGACCCAGGAAAUAGUGUCGUUGAGACUAUGCCAGAACCAGUGCCAGCUAUACAUCCAGAAGAUUCUAGAGCUCUAUCCCAGAAACUACCACCUUGCGGUAAACUAGGCAGAUACCGCGGCUCUCCGUAUAGUCGUCUUCGGGCUAAAAUGAAAGAAAUGGUCCGCAUUAUAGGUGGUAGGGCUGCACCACCAGGAAAAUGGAUUUGGCAAGUUGCUGUCCUAAAUCGAUAUAAGGAAGCUUUUUGCGGCGGAACACUAGUAGCGUUACGGUGGGUUGUAACAGCGGCCCAUUGUGUAAGGAAACGACUUUAUGUUCGUUUGGGGGAGCAUGAUUUGCUCGUGCGCAGCCACGGUGAGAUCGAGAUGCGGGUUACUGAGGCUGUCAUACAUCCCCACUACGACCCAGACACUGUUGUUAACGAUGUUGCACUACUAAGAUUGCCUGAGCCAGCCAGACCAGACUUAGGACAUGGAAUAGCUUGCUUACCUAAGCCGCAUCAGAUAUUACCGCCACAUUCGACUUGCAUAAUCUUAGGGUGGGGGAAGAAACGCUCGACUGACGUACACGGUACGAGAAUUCUUCAUGAAGCUCAGGUAUCCACAAUACAGCAGGGGGUUUGUCGUCGAUCUUACUGGCAAUAUGCCAUAACGGACAACAUGGUGUGCGCAGGGCGAGGUCACCGGGACUCUUGCGCUGGGGACUCUGGCGGUCCUCUUCUAUGCCGGGAUCGCAAUAUGCGAUACUUUUUACAGGGUAUUACGAGUUUUGGUGACGGUUGCGGUAAACGAGGCAAAUACGGAAUUUAUACAAGGACAUCCGGUUACGUGUCAUGGAUUCGUGACGUCAUGAAUAAUAAUUACUUCGACGACUGA